UAAAUAUAUCAAUUUUAUCAUAAAUUUCUAAGCAAACCCCACAAGGAAAAAGUGUUACUGCGACUUUUCUUGUCUGAAAAAGACUCGUAUAUAUUCAUUAGCUUCUAAGCUGGUCCUUCACAAUACUAACCCAUCAAGAAUUGCAUAUUCAGGAUAAGUUGGUGAACUGCUAAUGGAAGAACAUUUGGUUUUGCGUGUUGACCAUCUUAUCACACCCGAAUCAUUGCACUCUCUGCCACAGCCCGAGCAUACAGAAUUCUCUGGAGGCACAUCUGUCACUCAGACAGUUGGUACGUCCUCAGGUAUUGAUGCUCAAGAGAAUGAAUAUCCAAGAGCUGGAGAUGAAGAAGAGCCAUUACUUCAGACUGUGGAAUGUCGGAUUUGCCAGGAAGAAGAUAGCUUGAAAAAUUUGGAGAUGCCUUGUGGUUGCAGUGGCAGCUUGAAGUAUGCUCAUAGAAAAUGUGUUCAGCGAUGGUGUGAUGAGAAGGGAGAUAUAACUUGCGAGAUUUGCCAUCAGCUUUAUCAGCCUGGCUAUACUGCUCGGCCCCCGCCUCCUCAAUCUGAAGAUACAUCCAUUGACAUCAGAGGUUGGACAGUGGGUGGCACUCAGGUCGACUUUCACGAUCCUCGACUUCUUGCAAUGGCUGCUGCUGAACGCCGUCUUCUAGAGGCUGACUAUGAUGAAUAUGCAGAUUCAAAUGCUAGUGGAGCUGCAUUUUGUCGGUCUGCCGCUUUGAUUUUAAUGGCCCUUCUGUUACUGAGGCAUGCUCUGAUCGUUGGAGAUGCUGAUGAGGAUGAGGAUGAUGUUUCCACCUUUUUCACGCUUUUCCUGCUCCGUGCUGCCGGUUUUCUUUUACCUUGUUACAUUAUAGCUUGGGCUGUCGGUAUAUUGCAGCGUCGCAGGCAAAGACAGCAGGAGGCAGCAGCAUUAGCAGCAGCCGAAGUUGCUUUCCUGGCGCAGGCAGGGCAGCAUAGGGGUUUGCAUGUCACAGUCGCACCUGGACCUGCACCGGCCGCAGAACCUUUGACAACACCAGGACGGGCUACAACUCCUCAUCUACAACCAGUAUAAACAGCUUUCUCUGUUUCCAUAAGUUAAUUGUACAGAUGGUAAGCUACAUAAUGGGGAAAGAUUUUUUCUCGUUUUGUUUUAAUCAUUUGCCCACUGUAUCUUUUCAUCGAGAGACGCAAAAGCUCCAAAUUUCCUAUUUUGUUAUGUUUGUACAUAUCAAAACAUUGCAGCCACUAGGUGGCGAGGAAAUCUUAGCCUCCAGGGUCAGUUACAACUUUAUCAGAUCGUUGCUUCA